UUACCUGUUUUUGUGUAAUUUAUUGUGAAUCCAAAUGUACAAAUUGUAAUGUUUAUCAUCGAAAUGAGCUAAAAAAUACAUAUAACAUAGAAAGAAAAUAUUUAGUACCAAAAUGUUGUGAUAUAAAUGAACGAUUAGAAAUACCAAAAAAUUCGGAACGAGCACAAUGUGUUAGUAUUAAUAAAGACGAAGAUAAUUUUGAAUUUUCGCCAAUGUUAUAUCGAAGAAAUGAAACUGGAUUUCGACAGAUUGAUAAUUAUACAUAUUUGAAUGUUGUUGUGGGAAAUCCCUGUGCCUAUGGCAAGUAUCCUUUGGACCCGAAAGAGGAUUCAGCUGAUGAACAUUAUAUUUUUGAUAAUGGUCAAGUAUUGGUUCCACUUAAUGAUGGCACAACCCUUUUUGGACUAGAUCAAUUUUGUUUAGAAUAUUAUUAUCAAAGAAAUUCUGACACACCAAUUAUUACACCAUUCAUGUGUUUUGAGCCGUCCAUAGCAGAAACACCAAAUGGACAAACAAAAGUUUUAUUUUAUGCAAUAGGAUUAUUAAUAUCAGUUCCAUUUUUAAUCGCUACAUUUAUUGUGUAUACUGCAAUUCCGGAAUUAAAUAAUCUUCAUGGUAAAAGUUUAGCGUGUCAUGUACUCUGUUUGGCAGUGGCAUUUUUUGCAUUAGCUUUAGUACAAUUAACAGGAGAAACAUUCCCAAAAGAUGCGUGUAUUGCAGUAGCAUUUAUUAUACAAUUUUCAUUUGUUGCCUGUUUCUUUUGGUUAAAUGUAAUGUGUUUUGAUAACUGGUUAAAUGUUACGAUGCAUUUAAGAAGUGGAACCACUGCAGAUCAAGAAAAACGUUACUUUAUUUGGUAUUCUCUAUAUGCUUGGGGAUUACCUACUUUAUUACUACUAUUUUCUUUAAUUAUGGAUUUACAUCCAGCAGUACCAUCUACAUAUAUUAAACCACGUUUUGGCAUGGAUGUUUGCUGGUUUAAUUCUGACCAAGCAGCACUUCCAUACUUUUAUGCUCCAAUUGGUUUUAUAAUUUGUGUAAAUGGUGUCCUAUUUAUUUUCACUGCAAAAAAGUUGGCAUCGACAGUGCAAGAUACAAGAACUGUUGUUGAUAUUUCAGAAACUAAUGAAUUCGUUACAAUUCUCGAUAUGAAGAGUAGAUGGUUGAAAUAUAAAAAACUAUUCCGUUUAUGUUUUCUGUUAUUUGUUGUAAUGGGUUUAAAUUGGAGUAUGGAAGUUGUAUCAUGGCUUGUGGAUGGUUCUUUUGGUAUUUGGACUGUAUUUGAUGUAAUAAAUGCAUUACAAGGUGUGCUAGUAUUUUGUAUAUUUGUAUUGCAAAGACCAGUACGUAAAAUAGUAAUGCGUAGAAUUCGUGCAUUAUGUGGUAUGUCUGCAUCUGAUAGUCCUGCAUCAUCCGAUUCAGAAUUACAACACUUUGGUCCAUAAUCAAAAUUUAUUGAUUGGGUCCAACACUAUAACAGAUCUCAAAUUUAGAAAAUAUAUGUUAUAUUUAGUUGCUGUCAAGCAGUGCCAUAUCAGUAUAUUUAUAUUUUAUUUUUACAUACGUCACACUCACAUGUCAGUAAAAUAUAGGCCAUUUCAUCGAUUUGCUUUUGUUUCGGACAGAUGUCAAAAAACUAUCCAACUAAAGAAAAUCUAAUAUAUUUUAUCUUUAUCAAACAGCGCUCUUAGGCAAAGAUAGAAGGUAUGUGAUAUGUCUUUACUUGAUUGACAUCUGUCCGAAACAAAAAAGAAUCAUUUUUUAAAUGAAAAGCCCUAUUUAUAACGUUGAUCCUUUUUAUACGUUUUAAAAAAUUCGAAUUUAUUAGGUCACAAAUUUCAGCCAUUCCUUCCUUCUCAAACAAACAAAAGAAGUAAAAGUAUAUGGGUAAUCUUUACUCAAUUUUUACAAAUUUUCUAACAAACAUUCCAUUCAAAUUUUUUAAAUGAGUAAAUUUUUCAAUCUUAACAUAUCAACUCAUGAAGCCCUAUGUAAAAGUUUAUUUCUCUCCUAUAUUUCUUUAUGACAUCAUAUUACACCGCCAUGACAUUUAAGGGUGCGUUAACUGAUAAUUAGCCAUUUCAGUUAUCUAUAUCCCGAUUUGACCCAAUACGUCACGUAAAAUCUACAAAAUCCUAAUAAUUGUAAGUUAAACUAGUCUGUUUGUAUAUUAGUUAACUUUUUUAAAAUUAUUUAUUUGCUUU